AUGGAUAAUGGCGCAGCGAUCGACUCGGAAUCCGCCUUUGACACUUCACCUCGAGAUCCCAGCCAGACGUUUGAUCCCUGUAUAGAGGACAACAUCGAUGAUCCUAUCAAUGCCGAAGACUUAGAUGAAACCAUUGAAGCAACUGAUAAAGACGAUAGUAAUGUUCAUGAUACACAGGUGCGGAGCGGUGACGCUUCGAUGCCUUCGGAGACUGCUGAAGUCCCAUCGAAGUUGCUUUACCUCCCUAUCUCGCGAAUCAAAUCAAUCAUUAAAACUGUGCCUGCCGUUCAGCUAGUUAAUUGUGAAGCCGUUGCUUUAAUCGGAAAGUCAACUGAACUCUUCCUCAGCGAACUGGCAAGAGAGGCUCAUCAAAUGGUUAUGGAAUCUAGUAAGAAAACUCUUUCACUGGCUCACAUUGAGGGUGCCAUUCAAACUCUCCCCCAGUUUGAAUUCCUUGAUGGAAUGUUAGUAUAA